AUGCAAGAUGUUGAAACGCUCAUUUGCAAUUCUAGCACAUCAUCUAAAUUAAAGGGUGUCUUUUGUGCAUUGGGAACUCGUGAAAACACUCCAACCACUGUGGUGGAGGAUGGUACAGUGAAUGCCGUUCAAGCCAUGAAAAAGUUGAAUCACCCAACACAUUUUGUAUUGGUCACCUCAGUGGCAUUGGUCGACAGUGAGGAACAUCCAUGGUUCUUUAGAAAGGUGGUCAAGAAGUACUUGUUGAAUCACAUCUAUGAUGGUUUGGGAAAUGCCGAACACAAACUUGACACGUUGUGUGAGCAUUCACAGGUGACUUUUACUAUUGUGAGACCACCACGAUUGGUGGACUCUUGUUUAACUCUCGAUUAUGGAUAUGCAAAGGGACUUGACGUAUUGAAAGAUGGUAAAGGAGUGAUUUCGAGAGCAGAUGUUGCUUCAUUCAUGCUUAAAUGCAUGUUUGACAAGGAGAAUUCAUCUCUUCGUGCCAAUCAGGCAUUCAAUGUGGACACGACAAAAGCAGUACCCAAAGAACAUGACAGCUCCUUUGGUUUAAUGACCAUGCUGAGUUGGACUUUACCUCGUCAUCAAUACAUCAUGAUCAGAAUGGGAGUGCAUUCCGUUCAGGUUGGAGCAUUCGCUGUUUUGGCCUAUUAUUAUUUCUUUCCAGAGCAAACACGUGGAUGGUGGAAGGAAAUCACAGAGAGUGUCGCCAGAUUUGUGGGAGGAGGUUUCUCGGCGAAAGAGUUUAAACAUGCAUGUAAAGAAUUGUUCACAGUAAAAAAAAUAAUCAACAUGUAUUUUCCUGUGGGUUGGGUCAAUACGUUGAAAUGUGUGGAUCGGCAAUUUUCGAAUGGUGAAGAGGAAGUUAUCGGAGUAGCCUUUAAUCAGUAUUGGCCCUUGUUAGCAAUAACCACAACAAAAAGUUUAUCUGUAUGGACAGUGAAACAUGAUGGCUAUCAUCUUGAACAACGAAUUGAGCUUAAAUGCGCCCCGAGAGGAGAUUUGUUAUGGAAGAUAUUUCAUGAUUUUUCUCUUCUGGUUGUUCCAUUGUCGACAAAUUCAUUAUUAGUGUUCAAGGUAUCCGGAUAUCAACAUUUCAUUCAAUCUGGACAGUCCUACGAGCAAGAAUAUAUCAAACAUAGAAGUCAGUCCAAUGCUUUUGUCAAUUCAACGAUUUCAAUUUCGAGUUUUUGUGUGUUAGAGUGUGAAUACGGAAAUAUUGGAGGAAUCUGUUCGGAUGGAGACAAUGUUGUCGUUGGAACAACGAAUGGAGGAUUUCUAUUUACAUCAUGGAGAGGUAGUGACUUUUCACAAUAUAUUGGACCUGAUUUUAUUUAUGAAAAUUUGUCUCAAAGUUAUAGAAAACAAGUGGACUCCAAUGACACUGAAUUGGGGAUAAUAAGUUUGAGCUACAAUACGAAUAACAAGAUAUUUGCUAUAGUUUUGAAUUUAGGAAUUGUUUUGAUCAUUUCUUCAGAGAAGAAAUUACAAUUGCAAAGCUUAAAAGUAUUGAAAACCAUUGAAGGUAUUGAUGCUGUGUGUGUUCAAUUCAACAGUAGAAAUAAUUUAUUAGCAAUCGGUUGCAACAAUGGAGACGUUAUUAUUUAUGAAAUUAGCAAAAACCAUUCCAUUAGCGAACGAUCAAAAUUAUCUCUUUCCUAUCGGGGUUUCACGAGUGAAGAAUUGGGGCAUGCUUCUUCCAUGUGUUUUAGCUCUCAUGAUGGGUUGGCAAUUGCUGUUGGCUACAGCAAGCGAGGUUUUGCUAUUUUUCAUAUAUCAGGAGUUUGCAUCAUGACAAGUCUUCCUCAAUUUUCCGAAAAAGAAAUGCAAAGUAUUCGAUCCCAAGUAACGCAUUCAAGUCCUGUCAACACUUGUGAAAUUUCUGCAAAAACAGAGCCAUUUGGCUCAGGAGUUAGAACUCUAUUGUGGGAUAGCGAAGGUUAUCACUUAAUUGCAGUUUCAAAUGGUACGACAACAUUGGCAGAUUUUACAUUCUGUAAAAGUAUAUUAUGUUCAAGCUUUGCCCAAAGCAAAUCAUCAGAUAUUAUUCUUCAAACAACGAACAAACUUUUACGAUUUCACAUGUCUUCUGGAAUGGACUUUGUGAGUGCUGACUGGGAACCUUUACAAAUUCCACUUUCAUAUCUCACAUUCAAUUAUCCAAUCGAAAAUGUAGCCAUUAGCGGAGAUCGAAAUCACAUUGCACUUUCUGGAUCGAGAGGAUGUGUCAUUUAUUCUGGAACAUCAAAAAAGUGGAGAAUGUUUGGAAAUUUAGAACAAGAAUAUCAAGUGAAAUGCUCAGCAAUGGUUUGGAUUGAUAAUGUUAUUCUUGCCCUUGUUUCCAUUAAUGACCAGAAUGAAAGUGAGUUAUUGCUCUAUCCUAGGACUCACUUGGACGAAGUUUCCCGACUUGAACGAAGGGUAAUUUCACAGUCCAAAAUUUUAUUUAUUGAUAGCACAUCAGUUUUACUAAGAAUUACUCAACAGCAAAUGAAACUUGUGCCCAUUAUUUUCAUGUACGACGAAUCUAUGAAAUUGCACAUCUAUACAUGCCCAAUCGAUUAUGACAAGAACAAUAAUAUUCAAGUGAAACUCACAAAAUUAGAAAUCAUGGACAUGACACAAUUUCACACAAGCAUCCCUAGGUCUAUGGUCAGUGUGUCAUGCAAAUCAACCACUGGUGUGAACGCUUCAGAAACCAAAAAAUUGCUUUCCUCGGUGAGACUUCUUUUCGUUCAUGCCAAUGGAGAUCUUGGAGCUUUUAAGUUGCAUGGAACUCAAAAAGAAUUUAUUCUAGAAAAUGGAGUCGAUGGAUUGUGGAUUGAACAAGAACGUUCGUACAAUGACAAGCUUAUUUAUUUUACAUUUAAUGGAAAAUCAAGAAAAGGAACAGACAUGUCCAUUGUGGAUCUCUCUCUACUUCCAAAAAUUAACCACAUUCGAGUGAAAAAUAUCAUUCCUUUUGAUACGGAAGCUGUUCCAAUGGGCGUCUUGAAAGAUUUUGGAGUGUUUCUUCAAAUUUCAGAGACUGUGAAGCAGAGAUUGAGCGCUCACAUGGAUGUAGAGAAUACUCACUCACAAUCUCGUUCCAAAUUAUCCGUACCUUCUUCUCGAUUUAACAGUCGAGAUUUACUCUUUAUGGAAAAUCCACUUGGUUUUCCAUACUAUGAAAUGCAACCAAAAAUGUAUCCAUAUGUUCACGGUCUCCUCUUAGGUCUAUUAUUUGAACAACACGUAGAUUCCAAAGCUCCCACAGAAUCUGUGUCAGAAAAUGUUGACUCAUUUGAGUCUUUGGUGUCAUUUACCAAGCAAUUACCGCCUCACAAAAACUCUGCCUUGUCCUUUGUGGCAAAUUUGGAGUGGAUGUUGCAUUGUGCAUUAGGAAGUACCGAUAGUUCCACCUACUUGUCUAUAGAGCGCUCAACAGAAGAGGGAGUUUUUUCAAGAGUCGAUAUGCAGGACGGAUUGCCCUAUGUGGUAAAAUUUUUGCAAAACUUUCCUCAAUUCUACGAUAUUGUGGUGAACUGUCUUCGAAAAACGGAUAUCAUUCAUUGGAGCAAGGUUUUUAAUUGCCUUCCACAGCCUCCUCGAAUCAUAUUUGAUUCCUUUAUUAAGCAAAAAUCAGUUCAUUCUGCUGCCAACAUGCUUAAAAUUUUACAGCACACUGAAGGUAUCGAUCAAGUUCUUUCCUAUUCCUAUGAAGUUUUGAAAUUAGCUUUUUCACAAUUAGAAUUUGAACUCUCUAACGAUAUUGUAAGGUUUAUCAAAAGGAUUGAGGCAGAAAAGAGAGCAGAAGAAAUGGAAAGAAUGAAUGAAAUGAGUGAGAAUGACAAUUUGAGCGGCACUAACGAAACCCCUUCUCUAUCCAUUGUUGUGAAAAACAGACAUCACGAGAAUAAUGGUAGUCACUCACCCACAACAUUUAUUAAUUUUUUGAAAAAAGAUGAACAAGAGGUCACCAUGCAAAGCGAUCAUCAGAUGAUUCUCGGUAGCAUGCUCUCGAUUCAAUUAAGAGAAUUUAUGGUUAAUUUUGACUUUUUUGCACUACUACAACUAGAACGAACAUUAAGUGAUGUGUUUUCUCUCAAGAAUUGGCUCAAAAGCGAGCGAGACAAGUCAGGACAUUUACUUUCUUCCAUGCAAGAUGAUCUUUUAACAUGGGAAGACUCAUUCUCAAAAAUUCACAAAUCCUUUAAUUUGCCAAGAGCGUGCAAAGUUAAAAUUGGUGUGGAACAUAGCAUGAAGAAUAAGCAUUUGCAGCAAUUUGAGAAUUCACAUCUUUUCACAAGUACUCAACAUGUUCUGUGUAAGCUUCUUGAUUUAUACCACGAUUUGAUUUAUUUGAAGGAUUGUUUCAUUGAGAGUGAGUGUUUUGGAAAUGCUUUACUUGUGGCAACCUUGGUCUGUGAUGUGAAUUCGAUUGUUCAAAUUCUCAAGUGGCACAAGGAGUUUCGUUUGAAUUACCUUAACAUGUUGAAACACAAAAAUAACUUGGAAUAUGCAACUCUUUGCAACGAGGUCGUAGAAAAAUUGUAA